AUGGCAGAGUUGAAACUGGGUUUUCUGGGUGCCGGGCAAAUGGCAACCGCCCUGGCCGAAGGGUUCGUCGCCGCCAAGUUGGUCCCCUCCAAGGGCAUCAUCGCGGCCGAUCCCUCGCCCGAGGCCCGUGCCAACUUCGCUGCGGCUUGUGGUGCCAGGGUGGUCGAAGACAACGCCGAAGUGCUCGAAAACGCCAGCGUCGUAUUCUUGGCCGUUAAGCCGCAGCAUGCCCCGGCCGUGCUAGCCCCGCUCAAGUCCGCCUGGAGCGAAGAUCACCUCAUCGUCUCCAUCGCCGCCGGGCUGACGACCGCCUCAAUCGCGAAACAAACCGCCGACACGCCUCGGCUCAUUCGCGUGAUGCCGAACACGCCUUGCCUGGUGGGCUACAGUGCAAGUGCCUUCAGUCUCGGCCCUCGGGCUACCACGGCCGACGCCGAAUUGGUCGAGCGUUUGCUCGCCGCGGUCGGUCAGGCACACCAACUAGACGAGUCGCUGCUCGACGCCGUCACCGGGCUCUCCGGGUCGGGGCCGGCCUUCGUGUAUCAGAUCAUCGAGGCUCUCAGCGACGGGGGAGUCCGCAUGGGGCUCCCACGGGCGGUGGCCACCGCGCUGGCCGCCCAGACCGUACGGGGGGCUGCCGAAAUGGUCCUCGUCACUGGUGAACACCCGGCCACGCUGAAAGACCGAGUGGCCUCCCCAGGCGGGACCACCAUCGCGGGGUUGCAGGCCCUAGAGCAAGGCGGUCUCAGGGCCACCUUGAUGUCCGCAGUCGAGGCGGCCACACGUCGCUCGACGGAAUUGGGGCAAUCGACCUAG